AUCAUUCGCAUUCAGGAGUUCGCUGGCUUCAGUGCAACCUACAAGAGCAGCAUCAUGAAGUUCAUGCUCGUGGCCGCCAGUCUGGUGGCUCUCUUGGCCUUCGCCAACGCUGAAGAAGCUAAGAAAGCAGAAAAAGAAGUGGCAGUGACCGACAACAAGGAAGCGGCAUCUGACGAUAAGAAGCACGAGAAGAGAGGACUUAUCGAUAUUGGACUUGGUUACGGUGGACACGGUGGAUUCGACGGUGGCUAUGGAAGCCUAGGUGGUGAUAUUGGAGGCGGUUAUGGUGGACACGAGGAGGUCCAUAAGACCGUCACUGUGGUGAAGAACGUCCCUGUCCCCUACCCUGUGGAGAAACACAUCCCUUACCCUGUAGAGAAGAAAAUCCCAGUGCCCGUUAAGGUGCCCGUUCCUCAGCCCUACCCUGUAGUCAAACACGUGCCUUACCCAGUCAAAGAGAUCGUCAAGGUACCCGUGCACGUUCCUCAACCUUACCCAGUUGAAAAGAAAAUUCCUUACCCAGUCCAUGUUCCGGUCGAUAGACCCGUUCCCGUUAAAGUGUACGUGCCCCAGCCUUACCCCGUAGAGAAACACGUGCAUGUGCCCGUAAAGGUUCCAGUGCCCGCUCCUUACCCAGUUGAGAAGAAGGUGCCCUACCCCGUGAAGGUCCCCGUCCAUGUGCCCGCUCCUUACCCAGUUGUUAAGGAAGUCCAUGUCCCAGUCAAGGUCCCCGUAGACAGGCCUUACCCCGUGCACAUUCCCAAGCCUGUGCCUUACCCCGUCGAGAAGCCCGUCCCCUACCCCGUUGAGAAGCCUGUACCUUACCCCGUAAAGGUCCACGUCGACCGCCCAGUUCCCGUCCAUGUCGAGAAGCCCGUGCCUUACCCCGUUAAAGUACCUUACCCCGCCCCCUACCCCGUCGAGAAGCACAUUCCCUACCCAGUAGAGAAACAUGUGCCAAUCCCCGUGAAAGUCCCAGUCGACAGGCCUUACCCAGUCCACAUCGAGAAACACGUGCCCUACCCAGUGGAGAAGCCAGUCCCGUACCCCGUCAAGGUGCCAGUCCCAGUAAUCGUCGGUCAUGAACACGGACACGAGUAUGGUCAUCAUGGUAGCUACUAAAGGCUGCAGGAAGCAGUUGUCUGAAUGUGAUAUAUAAAUAUAAGCUUAGCACUAAUAACGAGCGGGAGACGUGGAACGUAUCAUCGUGAAGAUAUUGGUCACCGCACUAGAUCCCAAAGACGUUCCGUUCCACGCCUCACGCACUCGCACUGAUAAAUAAUACUCUUUAUAAAUAGUCUAUUUUUUUGUUGUGAUUCUUUAUAAGCUUAAAAACUUUAUCUGAUGUUACGUUUGAGUUGAUGUACCUGUUGUUUUAAGUUACACGGAAUUCUUAUUCUCUUUUCGGAAUAGUUUUUUUUUUACGUACUGAUUGUAAAAUAAAAUUUGGCGAUGCCAAAAAUUAACUGU